AUGUCCCCCUCUCUCUUCUCCUCUGCAGGGUCCUGUCCUGGCUGGAGGGGAGGAGGUGCGCGCCCCCGUCCCGCGGAGCUCCACUCAUCCGUGAUCUGUGGGGAGACGAGCACUCGACUCAGCACACACCUCAAAGCGACAUCCAUCUACAUCUAUCAGUUGGCCAUGGCUCCUCCAGUAAAACUCCGAAUUGUGCUUGGCGAAAAUGACUCUCAAAGACUUCACCUAGAGCAUGGAAUACCAGACACAAUUGAUGACAUUAUUCAUCACAUCAAGAGGCAGUGUGGUUUAGAGGCCUCCUUCCGGCUGCAAUUCCUCGAUGUUGAAUUUGGCAACGAGUUUACCAACUUGACCUCGGUUUCUGAAAUCCAGGACAAAGAUGUUGGACUGAAAACAGCCAUUUUAGAUGGUUUGUCCCAAGCCAUAGUCAGAUACAAAGUCUACCCAUCAGACCGAGAGUUUGAAGAUGUCGCUGAAGCCCUGGUCGCAUCCCAUCCGUGUCUGAAAGAGCCAGGCUCCUCCUCUGGCUAUAGUGGAUGGAAAGUGAGCCUGAAGUACAAGCUUGCAAACUACAGGCGCAAGCUGAAGCAGGUUGGAUGCCCAGAAGUUGAACUGAAUUCCCUGACGAACAAACCGGCAGAUAAAUGCACUCCUGCUUAUGGGGUCAAGAAACCGCGGAAAGCAGAAGUAAACUACUUCCCAUCAUACCCAGCUGGAGACUCUGCAGAGACGCUGGAAAAAAUCAGAGAAAAUCUAAUCCUAGAAGCAAGUAAGAGGGACAACAACAAUACAGUGACUGUACUGAUGGAGAAAACGUUCGCGCUCAGAAGGCAGGAAGUUAUUCGGGAUGCACCGCUGAUUCCCAAUUUCAAAAGUAGAUGGCCAGCUCUGUUCUCUAUACGAGAGCUAUCAUCUGAGUUCAAAAGGAUUACCACCAUCAGUCUUCAGGCAAAGUUUUUCUCUGAGCUUGAUGGUCAAUCUUCCAACCUGAUGAGGGUGUUUGCAAGUAAAGGAGGCGCUCAAGGGAAAAAAAUACAGAACAUCCUAGUACCCCUAACCAAGACUGACUCCAUUGAUGUCAAGAGAGAGUGCCUACUCAAAGCCCUUUGCCUUUACCUGAACGAAGAGCCACACGACCUUGUGAAGGAAUACUUGUCUCCCCCUCUUCUUACACCCGUCUCCACCUCACUCCCGCCUCCCCCCUCCUUGCACCCAGCGCCCCCUCCUUACACCCCUGUCCCUCCUUACACCCGUGUCUCCGUCUUUUCACCUGUCUUCUGUCCCCCCGCCUUACACCAGUCUCCCAGUCCUUUCACUCGUCUCCCCACUCUUUACGUCCGUCUCCCCCCUCUUUACGUCAGUCUCCCCCCUCCUUACACCAGUCUCCCCCCUCCUUACACUGUCUCCCCCUCUUUACGCCCGUCUCCCCCCUCUUUACGCCCGUCUCCCCCCUCUUUACGCCCGUCUCCCCCCUCUUUACGCCCGUCUCCCCCCUCUUUACGCCCGUCUCCCCCCUCUUUACGCCCGUCUCCCCCCUUUACACCCGUCUCCCCCCUUUACACCCGUCUCCCCCCUUUACACCCGUCUCCCCCCUUUACACCCGUCUCCCCCCUUUACACCCGUCUCCCCCCUUUACACCCGUCUCCCCCCUUUACACCCGUCUCCCCCCUUUACACCCGUCUCCCCCCUUUACACCCGUCCCCCCCCUUUACACCGUCUCCCCCCUCCUUACACCGUCUCCCCCCUCCUUACACCGUCUCCCCCCUCCUUACACCGUCUCCCCCCUCCUUACACCGUCUCCCCCUUCUUACACCGUCUCCCCCCUUCUUACACCGUCUCCCCCCUCCUUACACCGUCCCCCCUCCUUACAGUCUCCCCCCUCCUUACACAGUCUCCCCCCUCCUUACACCGUCCCCCCUCCUUACACCGUCCCCCCCUCUUUACGUCCGUCUCCCCCCUCUUUACGUCCGUCUCCCCCCUCUUUACGUCCGUCUCCCCCCUCUUUACGUCCGUCUCCCCCCUCUUUACGUCCGUCUCCCCCCUCUUUACGUCCGUCUCCCCCCUCUUUACGUCCGUCUCCCCCCUCUUUACGUCCGUCUCCCCCCUCUUUACGUCCGUCUCCCCCCUCUUUACGUCCGUCUCCCCCCUCUUUACGUCCGUCUCCCCCCUCUUUACGUCCGUCUCCCCCCUCUUUACGUCCGUCUCCCCCCUCUUUACGUCCGUCUCCCCCCUCUUUACGUCCGUCUCCCCCCUCUUUACGUCCGUCUCCCCCCUCCUUACAACUGUGAAGACAGUGCCAGUGCCAUGCUCGAGACGACGGUGGGAAUCUUUGUAAUCCGCAAAGAACAACACUGGGACGAAGAGCCAGAAUGUGUGGGCAUCAUCAUAGAAGCGGACCUCGCUUCAUGGCCCUGUGUCCAUGUAAGUUCGGGAAUAAUUCCCUGCAUGCAGCUCGGCCAUCUGGUCCCUUUGUGCGCCUGGCUCGUGCUGUUCUCGUGCCCCUGA